UCAUGCACUCACGCACUCACUCACCCAAUCAACCCAACCCAACUCUCGUCCUAUCCCAUCCAUCCCAUCCAUCCCAUCCAUCCCAUCCCAAAUCAAAUCACACAACCCACAAACCACACCAACCACCCCAUCCAUCCAUUCCAUCCACACACCCACAAAACCACCCUUAAAACCCACAGACUACCUAUAAACCAAAAACCGCAAACCACAAAGAAGCAACCAACCAACCAAGCAGCCACAAGUACAAAAAGGGCAAAUCUCAAUCAAUCAAUCAAUCAGUCAAUCAAUCAAUCAGUCAAUCAAUCAAUCAGUCAAUCAAUCAAUCAGUCAUUAACGUGAUAAUAAUAAACCCCACCCAUUCCUUGUCCACCAAGCAA